AUGGGGUCCCUGGAGAACGGCUCCGACGAGCCCCUGACACCGAUAGGGCGCCUGUUCCUCCAGAAGGAGAUGAACCAGGUGAUCUACUGCGCCUUUGGCAUGAGGCAACCCCUCGAUGUGGACGCCCUCAAGUUGGCGAUCCAGAAUUGCCCCAUGUUUAUGCACCCCAGGUUCUGCAGCCUCUUGGUACGGGACUCCGCAGGCCGAGAGCACUGGAGGAGGACCCGCGUGGACAUUGACCGCCAUGUCAUCCUGGUCCACGGCCCCAUCGCCGAAGGCCUCUCUGACGAGGCGGCGGUCAACGAGUACCUCGCCAACCUGUCCACCGACUUGCCGGGGCUCAUGGGCAACGACAAGCCCCUAUGGGACGUUCACCUCUUGAUGGCCCACCAGUGCAUGGUGUUACGGAUUCACCAUGCACUUGGUGACGGGAUCUCACUGAUUUCGUCGUUCCUGGGAGGGUCCCGGCGGGUGGACGACCCUGAGGCGGUACCGACGAUCGGUCCUCCAUCAUCAACGAGGAGGAGGAGGAGCGACGGUGGCGGCGAGUGGUGGAAGGCAGUAGUGAGGGUGUUGGAGGUGGUGUGGUUCACGGUGGUUUUCGUAGUGGAGCUUGUGCUGAGGAUCAUGUGGGUGAGCGAUCGGACGACGCCGCUGAGUGGUGGCGCAGGGGUGGAACUCUGGCCGAGGAAGCUGGCCACGGCGAGGUUUUCGCUGGAGGAUAUGAAGGUGGUCAAAUCAGCAGUCGCUAAUGCGGUAAGCUCCAUGUGUUUAUCACCCAAAAAGAAAAAUAGCACCGCUGAUUCAAUACUUUCCUAA